GACUUUCGGUUUGCAUGUGAAAUCAAUAUGGCUGUUUCACAUGGAUCAGCUGUGAGGGCAUUGUAUAAACGGAUUCUUCAAUUACAUCGACGUCUUCCCUUGGAGAUGAAAGCGCUUGGAGAUGAAUAUGUAAAAGCAGAAUUUAGAAGACACAAGAAUGUCAAUUCUGAAGAAGUUCAAAACUUUAUGAAGGAAUGGCAGGGUUAUGCUGCAAUGUUAUCAGUUCAGACAGAAGGAGUGAAAUCUGAGGAAGAGAUCAAACAGGUUGGUUUGCAUAUAGAUGAAAAACAAUUAGAUGAUAUGAAUGACAUGCAGGUUGGACAGCUGUAUGAACUCUUUCAAGAAACUAAAAAGCCUUCUCAGUUUAUGCAGAAAGAAGAUUCAUAAAAGAGGAAUAAACAUGGAUUUGAAUUCUGUAAAACAGUAUGGACUGUAUUGUUGGACCAUCCAAGUCAUAUUUUCAACCAUGCAGAUAAAAUGAUUGUUUAAAGUGAGGAUAAUAUCAAAUUCAGCAGUGAAGGUGGUAUCUAUCUGGACAUUCUCAGGACAAUUAUAGUGAUGACUUGUGUAUUUUUUUUUCAAUUUCAAGUUGAUAGCAGUAGCUGUACAAUAUCACAAUUAUUUUGGAAUAUAUCAAGACAUUGAAAUUCACUGAUAUUGGAUUUUGUGAUGACACAAUGUAUCUUCUAGUCUUGUGUGUUUUCAGACCUCAAACCGUAUGAAAUUGUCAUAAUUGAGUGAGAACUAAACCCAGGAAUCCCCAAAUAUCACAGAAGUGUAUCAUCCAUUAAAUUCGUUUUCUCCUUUGAUUGCACGUUUUGUUUUCUGUUAGUUUUUUUUUAAGACAAAUGUACAGGUAUGCAAAAAAUUGUGAACAUCUUAAAUUUUCAAUGGAGUAUAAUGUAUGUCAGUUUAUUGUGAGAAAAUCAAAGUGUGCAAUAUCUUGCAGCCCUAAUGUUGUAGUAUUUUUUAAAUUAGUUGUUCAUAUUUGUUUAAAGAUAGUUUACCUUACCUGGAAGUUGUCAUGCACAAAUAUGAAAUUUCAAAUUUCUCAAAAGUGCUAAACUAACCACUUAUCUCUUUUUUCUCAUCUUUAUUAAUAAGGUAAAAAAAUUCCCUCAACUGUGCAAAAUGCUUUUUUGUUUCUUGUCUAUUUUCACACUGUUCACUCCUUUGUAUCCCAUUUUUAUAUCUCACGAGAGGUAUACAUGUAGACACCAAGAAAGUAUCAUUCAUCACUUUAUAAGGACAGUUAUUAAUUCUUUUGGUAGAUAUUGUUAUUUGAGUCAGCUAAAACUACUCAGAAAGCAAUUUGAUGUAAAUUGGAGCAAAAUCAAUCAAGCGUAAUGCCUAAUAUUUCAUCAAAAUCAGAUUGAAAAUGAAGUUUUUAUAUAAAUUUUUAAUAGUUUCCCGAUAACUUUUAAUGAAAAAUGUUAUGGUUUGUGAAUUAGAGAGUCACUGAUGUCACAAUUUUAUUUUAGUUUGUUACUUCACUUUGUAAAUAUUAAUAACCAUCAUUUAAUAUAUGUCUCUUUAUUAUUAAAUCUACCAAUAUAAAAUUGAAAUGGUAUUAACUGUAAUUUUAUUUCAUACAAAAGGCAUAGUGAGUGACAUCAUUGCUUCUCUUAUUUGCAUGGGAAUGUACCGUUACUGUUUUUUUUUAAUAAAGUCACAAGUGUUACAUGGAUUUUUAUAUUUUUGGUGUUGUGUUACUAGUGUACGAUGUUCGAUCCGUUGUUUAAUCAAUUAUCUUACGAACUUUGCCUUACGUGUUAAUGUAUUUUCAUCUUGUUUCAUGGACUUGCUUGAAAUUACAAGUAUGGUAUGAUUCAGGUGAAAUAUUUCUUUGAAAAAAUUAUUUGGAUGCUAAUAAGAUCUAUUUAUUUACAAUCUGCAUUGUUAUAAAUCUUAAUUUAUUGUUCAUGAGUUCAAGAAUGCAGGUGAGGUUGAGUUGAUGUUCAGUGAACUGACUUCAGUCGAGAUAAGCUGGGAUAAGAAUAUAAAUUCAAACUUGGAAAUACCUUCUUUCCAACAAACAUACACCUACACACCUUUGUCCGAGGACAAACAUUGGUCCUCCACUGUUCCUAGUCUUCACAUAGUUGAUGAAAUAUAAGGCACAAAUUAAGUUUCGACCUUUGAAGACAAUAAGUUGGGUUACAAAGGACCAUUAUUAACUGUCCUCAGACAAAUUAAUGAAUGACAUUUAAUUAACCUAUUGCAUUGAAGAUAUUUAAUGUGAAAGUCAACUUGGCAUCUAAUUGAAUCAAUGAAAUUGCUAUGCAGUAUAAGCACAGGAUGUAUAUAAAAAAAGAAGUAAAUAGAGAGUAAUAGUAUACUAUACCAGAACUUAUUUGUCACUAUUCUUAGGUUCCGUCCUAACUUUUAUUUCUAGAGACCAAGUCAGAGGCCGAAUAUUUUUAAUUUCUGGUGGACUGAAAUAAGGCGAGCACUUAAUACGCCCACCGGUAACGUGAAAAAUGGAGUUAUUGGUCAAGCAAGAAAAGUGGAAGGUGACGACUUCGCCUUUGACCAUAAAAUCAAUAGAAUUCCUGGGAUACACACCAAAUGAUAUGAGCCUAGCUAGGUUAAGUUAAACUGAAGUUAUCAUGUUUACUAGGAUUUCAGAAGGGUAAGAUGAAAACAUGUCACUGUGAUCUUGACCUUUUGACCUCAGAAUCUAUAGGCUUUCUGGGAUCCAUGCUAGUAUCAUGCACACUAAAUUAUAUGAGCCUAGUUUAAGUUAAAGUUAUCUCGUUUAAAAGGACUUAGAUGAAAAUAUGUCACUGUGAACUUGACCUUUUGACCACAAAAUCAAUAGGCUUCCUGGGAUCCAUGUACACACCAAAUUAUAUGAGCCUAGGUCAAGUAAGACUAAAGUUAUUGAGUUUACAAGGUCUUCAGAAGGGUAAAAUGAAAACAUUUCACUGUGACCUCGAACUCUGACCUCAAAAUCAAUAGGUUUCCUGGGAUCCAUACUAGUACAGUAUUAUACACGCCAAAUUAUAUUAGCCUAGACUAAGUUAAACUGAAGUUAUUGCAUUUACAAGGACUGCAGAAGGGUAGUAUCAUACACACCAAACUUAAGUUAUCGCGUUCACAAAGAAAUGUUAACUGUCGGACGGACACUGAGCGUGAUACCAUAAUACGUCCCAUAGGACAGGCAUAUAAAAAGUCCAAAAGAAAUCGAGCGGAAACGAUCAAUAUAUUGAUUGUCUCUUGCUUAUGUUCAAGUAUAUAUUACAAAAUUCAAAUUUUACUUACCCCUUUUAAAUCUACUUUGGUCCAACAAACUGGAAUUUUUCAUGACUGCUGGUGGCUGAACAUUAAUUGUGUAGCAGCCCCAGGCUACCAGACCAUCAAUUUUGCAUAGUUCUGAACAUAUGACACAAUAUCUCAUGAACAGAUGUACACAAUCAAACUGCAGAUGGUCUUAAAAUCACAUUAUAAUUUAGGGGGUAUAAAGUGGUACUCCCAUCUCAGACCAGUGGAUUGAAUAAAUAGAAUAAGUAGUAAACAAGCAAAAAAAUGGGAUUUAUUGAUAUUAACAAAUUUUUAGUUAAGUUACUUAAAGAUUGAGCUGACAAUGUCACUUAAGCAAUUGUGAAAUCUUGGCUUUGAAAAUUUGACCGUUUUCAAUUUCAUAUAAUAAUUUUGAUUUGAUUUAUUUACCAACAAUAUUCACAUGUUUACAGGUUAUAAAACAAAUUGCAUAACAGUUACACAUGUAUAAAAAUAUGAUGGUAAAUGGGACCAGAAAAUAGCACAAGUGCUAAUUGAGCCUGGCCCCACAAACAAGGUGAUUCACGAACCUUGAGUCUCGCCUAUUUCUUUAUCAAUAGAAUAUAUGCAAUAUGAUGUUUUCACCCUUAAAUGACUUUUGACCCCAUCAACCUCAUAAACACAUAUGUGGUAUUAUCACUCAAGGAUUAUUUGAACCAACAGUGAUAAAAAUUGAUGCAGAAAUAAGGAAAUGGCCAUCAUUAUCAUUACCUCACAUAUGGGAUUUAUUACCCAAGGAUCAUAUGCACCAAGUAUGAAUACAAUUUAUGCAAAAAUAAAGAAAUUAGAGCAAAUUGAACAAAAACUAACAUUUUGGUAACAGACAAAGUGGCUACUAGCUCUCUGCCUAAUUUCAUUA